AGCACACGACUCUCUAGAAAUGUCAGCCUUGUCGUGCAGUGACAUGAGGUGCAAACACCAACGGAGAAGCAGUACUUUUGUUUAAAAUAGAAACUUUGAAGGAAGCCAAGUUAACACAUGAUAAAAUACUGAAGAUCCAGCUCUCCUGGAGAGACUGGGGUAAAAUAAAAAAGGAGAAGAAAAAUAACCUCCUUCACUUCUGAAAUGAGAAGGAGAAUUGCUGGUACCAAAAUUCACAUUUCCUUUUUGGUGACAUUCUCCAGCCAAGCUUGGCGCUAACCAAGUAGGCGAUUUCACUUCAUUGUCACUUCACAAAAGACUUCCAAAUUCACUGCGGCAGACAACCGCAAAAUAAAAAUGUCAAAUACAUCCUUGCUGAAAGGGGACUGAAGCCUCCACGCUUAAUCAAAGGUUUACAAUAAUAGGAUUCAUAAAAAAAAAAAAAAAAAAAAAAAAAAAAAAAAAAAAGAAAAAAAAGGACAGAUGGGAUUAGAAAAUGUUGCAGUGAAGACUGUGGAAUGAGAUGAGCUCACAGCCACCAGCCUGUCUUUUGUGGACCUGCACAAUGAUCCCUGAGCCAGACUGGAUUAGGAAAGCUCGCGACUAGGGGUCCAGAGAGAGGCCUCCGGUUUCCAGGCACUUCGGGGAGAACAGGCUGAAACGAUGCAUCAGAUUUACAGCUGCAGUGAUGAAAAUAUAGAAGUUUUCACCACCGUGAUUCCUUCCAAGGUGUCCAGCCCAGCCAGGAGAAGAGUCAAAAGCUCUCAACACCUCUUGACCAAGAAUGUGGUGAUUGAGUCGGACCUGUACACGCCCCGGCCCCUGGAGCUGCUGCCACACCGCAGCGUCCGCCGAGACGCAGGAGACAGCCGCAGGGACCGCAGGUUGGGCCGGCUCCAGAGUGCGCGGCCGCCAGGAGCUCAUCCAGCCAAAACUCCCGCCAGAUCUGUGGGGAUUUCUGAGCCCAAAGCAUCAAAUCUGUGUGGGAAUCGAGCAUAUGGAAAAUCUUUGAUUCCUCCAGUGCCUCGGAUCUCAGUGAAAGCUCCGGCCGUGGUGGAGGUGGCAGCCACAGGCUCAGAAGGCGGAGCUGCUCUGACGAGAGGAUCCAGGCAUCUCAAGAAGAUGGCAGAAGAGUAUCCAACUCUUCCCCAAGGAGCAGAGGCCUCUCUACCGCUGACAGGCAGUGCUUCCUGUGGUGUCCCCAGCAUCCUCCGGAAGAUGUGGACAAGGCACAAGAAGAAAUCUGAAUAUCUGGGAGCCACUAACAGUGCCUUUGAGGCUGACUAAAGGUAUCCCUCCCCAGGCACCCUGCAUUGGCUGAGGUUCGCUGGACAAGGGGCGAGAACUUCAGCACUGGAACUGAGCCACAUCCACCUCUGCUAUUGAUGGUCCAAACACACCCUCCCUCACCAACCCAUCACCCUAGCUUAGGGCGUGGAAAGGAUUGACCCUUGAAGGCACAAUGAAACUAUUCCUUACAAUCAUUAAAGCCAUUGGUCUGAAAGUGACUUUGGGAGGUCGUAAAGUUUAUAUCCUAUCUUUAAGCAAAAAUAGAACUUUGUCAGCCCAUUUUGAAGGCCCACCCCCAAAACAAAGAAGACAGUUUUUCUGCCUUCCUUGUGAGUUAUUCUGGUGUGCGUGAUUUCUGGUAUAAAUGCAAGAGUUUGACAUUUGAGCCACUUGUAAAGACUAUGGUUCUUGUUAUUAUCACAUUGAGUUUACUUGGUGACAAACAAGUUUUAAGGACAAAGCACUAUAUAUUUACUUAGUAGCUCUAAUAUCCACUUGAGAGAAUUGUCAAAAUACAUUUUGAUGAUCAUUUGGCAUGACUGCAUGAAUUCUCUAUUCUUUUAUGUGUUGUUUUUCUAUAGAAAAGCCUUCAAAAUUAAGUGUCAAAUGCUAAUGUUUUCUGAAGUGAUACAAUUUAGUAGAAUUAAUAAUACCUUGCUUUGGUGUAAUGAUUUUAACUUUGGAAAGUGCUUUUUCAUCUAUUACCUUUUCCUUUUUUUAAAAAAAAAGUAAUUUUAAUCUAUUUCAUCCACGACAGAAAAUGUGUGCACACACACAAUAGAGGAAGAGGGAUAGAGAGAAGCCCCUUAACAGAGUCUCCACACUACA